UUGUUAAGAAUUUGAGUUGUUUGGAAAGUGGUCAUUGUAAGGUCCGGAACACACUGCGAGAGAUAAUAGGCCGGCGGCCAUGGCCACUCCUUCAACUCUCCCCAACGUUCUUCCCCCUUCCACCGCCGGCAGUUUCAUUCGCCCCCGCCAAGCUCGUCUCAACUCAGUCCAUCGAGCUCUUCGCGUUUCCACACGUCUAUCUUCAUCCUUUCGCGUCAGAGCUUCCUCCUCCUCCUCCGAUGACCUCCCUAGCUCCUCAGGUGUCGAAAAUGUAGUGAUAGUUGGUUCAGGUCCAGCUGGAUAUACCGCAGCCAUUUAUGCAUCACGUGCAAAUUUGAAGCCUGUCGUGUUUGAAGGGUACCAAGUAGGUGGAGUCCCUGGUGGGCAAUUGAUGACUACAACAGAAGUGGAGAAUUUCCCAGGAUUUCCAGAGGGAAUAACUGGUCCUGAUUUGAUGGACCGGAUGCGUCGACAAGCUGAACGAUGGGGGUCUGAAUUAUACCAAGAGGAUGUAGAAUUCAUUGAUGUGACAAAUCGUCCUUUCACUAUUCAUAGUACUGAACGUAAGGUGAGGUGCCAUAGUAUUAUUGUGGCCACUGGAGCUACAGCCAAGAGACUUAGUUUACCUCGUGAAGAUGAAUUCUGGAGUAGAGGAAUUAGUGCUUGUGCAAUCUGUGAUGGCGCAUCUCCAUUGUACAAGGGACAAGUUCUUGCUGUUGUAGGCGGGGGUGAUACAGCUACUGAGGAAGCACUAUACUUGACUAAAUAUGCUCGUCAUGUUCAUUUACUCGUGCGAAGGGACCACUUGCGAGCCUCCAAAGCUAUGCAAGAUCGAGUUUACAACAAUCCAAAUGUGACCGUGCACUUCAAUACAGAAACAGUGGAUGUUGUCAGCAAUACUAAAGGGCAGAUGUCUGGCGUAUUAGUUAGAAGAAUUGAUACCGGAGAGGAAUCGGUAGUUGAAGCAAAAGGAUUAUUCUAUGGAAUAGGUCAUUCACCCAACAGCCAACUGUUAGAAGGCCAAAUUGAACUUGACUCUGCUGGCUAUAUACUUGUGAAGGACGGUACAUCAAAUACUUCUGUGGAAGGUGUAUUUGCUGCAGGAGAUGUACAGGAUCAUGAUUGGAGACAAGCUAUAACAGCUGCUGGAUCAGGAUGUGUUGCUGCCUUGUCAGUAGAGAGAUAUCUUACUAGCAAUGACCUUCUCGUUGAAUUCCACCAGCCUCAAACUGAAGAGGUUAAGAAGGAACUCACCGACAGAGAUGUUCACGAAGGUUUUGACAUCACACUUACAAAACACAAGGGCCAGUAUGCUCUCCGGAAACUGUAUCAUGAAAGUCAGAGAGUAUUAUGUGUACUCUAUACAUCUCCAACGUGUGGUCCAUGUAGAACACUGAAACCUAUCCUCAACAAGGUAAUUGACGAAUAUGAUCAGAACGUACAUUAUAUUGAAAUUGAUAUUGAGGAAGAUCCUGAGAUUGCUGAGGCUGCUGGAAUUAUGGGUACUCCAUGUGUUCAAUUCUUCAAGAAAAAAGAAAGGAUCGGGACAAUAUCUGGAGUGAAAAUGAAGAAAGAAUACAGAGAGUUGAUAGAAGCAAACAAGUGAGCUAUGGUGUCAUUUUUCAUUUCCCAAUUCAAUGUUUUUUUUGUGCUAAACUAUUUGUUAACACCACAAGAAGUUCAGUUCAUUCAUUGGCUUGUUUGUCAAAUGAAAAUUUUAACUUAUUUAUGUUAAAUUUGUUGGGUAACCUUUUCACCAUA